AAUAAAUGGCAUACAAUGCAGUGAUAAAGUGUUUUCACAAUAAACACAAACAUUUGUAUUGAAAGACACGUCACAUAAGCGUUGAUUCAAAAUAAGACAAUUUAAUCGCUGUUUAAGUAUUGACCACAAGAAGUGACCCACAAAUCAGUCGAUGACAUGGUUUUAAUGACAAUGAUUGCCAGAGUGUCGGACGGCCUGCCGUUGGCCGCAUCGGUUCAGGACGACCAACAGAUCGGACGAUCGGUUCUCGAGUACCAAAAUCAGGCGAAGAUGUUGUUCCGCAAACUGAACGCUCAGUCGCCGCCACAGAUGACUAUAGAGAGCGGACAAUACCUGUUCCAUUACCUAAUCGACAGUCAAGUCUGUUAUCUAAUCCUAUGCGAGAAGUCCUUCUCGAAGCGAUUGGCGUUUAGUUUUCUGGAAGACUUGCAAAAUGAGUUCAAAACCCAAUACGGAUCGCGUGUCCACACCGUCUCCAGACCUUACAGUUUCAUCGAAUUCGGUACUCCAUUGCCAUUCAUGGCUGAUAUUCACGUGUUUUAA